GGUGCAAUGUUGCACUUCCUGGACUUGAACCCUCCCCUCAUCUUCCCGGGAUUGUCAGAGAGCUCUCACAUUCCUGGCGGUCUGGAAUAUCAGGUUCUGCAGCGCGAAGCUCGUGCCGUCACAGAGCACCUCUUUCGGUUCGACUCAGGCGUUGCGCCACCGCGCCUCGAGGCCGCGCGCUCGACGCUCAGCCACCACUCAGCAACUUGAACUCGACCAUCAUGGACAGAGACGUCGAAGAGGACAAGAUCAAGCCGUACGUCGUCACCGGACACCUUGGAAAGGGCAGCUUCGCCGUCGUCUACAAGGGGUACAAUGAGGAUACGCACAAGCAGGUCGCGAUCAAGACCGUCAAGCGCGAGACGCUUGGCACGGGAAAGCUGCUCGACAAUCUGCAGCUCGAGAUCGACAUCCUCAAGUCCCUCUCCCACCGCCACAUCACCCGCCUCCUCGAUAUCAUCCGCGCCCCCAAGAACAUCUACCUAAUCAUGGAAUACUGUGCCGGCGGCGACCUCACCAACUACAUCAAGAAGCGCGGCCGCGUCGACGGCCUAGAGUACACACCCCUCCCCACUCCCGCCAACCCUCACCCCCAGCCACAAUACUACCCGCACCCCCCAUCUGGCGGGCUCGCCGAGCUUGUCGUCCGCUCCUUUCUCCGCCAGCUCGCCCGCGCACUCAAGUUCCUGCGCCACCGCAAGCUCAUCCAUCGCGAUAUCAAGCCGCAGAACUUGCUCCUCCAUCCGGCGGGGGAGGACGAAUAUAAGCGCGGUCACCCUCUGGGAGUACCGGUGCUCAAGCUUGCCGACUUUGGCUUCGCGCGCAGCUUGCCGAACGCGAUGAUGGCGCAGACACUAUGCGGGAGCCCCCUUUACAUGGCGCCCGAGAUCCUCAAAUACGAACCUUACGGCCCCAAGGUCGACCUCUGGUCCACGGGCGCCGUCCUCUACGAGAUGGCCGUCGGGAAGCCGCCCUUCCGCGCGCAGAACCACAUCGAGCUGAUCAACAAGAUCGAGAAGUCGAAGGGAAUAAGGUUUCCGGAUGAGGAGCCGCAGACCGGUAAGAACGCCGACGUGAAGCCGGUGCCACAGGAUAUCAAGGACCUUAUCCGCGCGCUGCUGAGGCGGCUGCCCAUCGAGCGCGCCGACUAUGAGCAGUUCUUCAGCAGCCCCGCGAUGCAGAACAGCAAGUUCCCCAGGCCGGAAGCGCCGAAGGAGGAGCCAGGAGCCGAAGAACGCGACACGCCAGCCUGGACCGGCUCCGUCCCCGACCACCACAAGGUCAUCCCGCCCGAAGUGCUCGACCCACAUGCGAUGAUCCCGCCGAGCAAGUUCAACUUCAGGCGGCAAUCGUUGGUCGGGAGAGAUGACGAGAACACUCCUGAAGCGAGAGGUUCAGCGUCUCCACAAGACCUCGAAUCGCUCGCGGGGCCUUCGCGACCGCCACGCCGACCACCGAACUCAGAGCCCGUCGACGGAUCGAGCGCAGAGGCGGAGGAGUACGUUCUCGUCGACGAUACACAGGCGCUUGAGUUUGAUAGAGCUGUUGACCAAAUCCGCGAUCCCUCGCGCCGACCAUCCCAACAAGGUCGACAACUCCACGCCCGCCGCGUAUCUACGUACGGCGUGCCGCGGGAGAUCGGGAGGAAAGCGUCCCUCGGAGAGAGGAAACCGUCGAUGGUCGAGCGAAGAUCAUCAGGCGGGCUUCAGCAACGACCGGAUCAUCGACGCUCGUCGACGUAUAGCGGGCAGGGUACGCCGCAGAUGGGAUCGCCGGUACUGGACGAGGAUCCGUCGGCGGAGUUCUUGCAGGAGCGGCCGAGUACGAGAGUAAAUACGACCUUCCCUCCACCACCCAAUCAAGGCUUCCCACCGCCGUCGCCGGGAGGAUCGAGUCCCUCACGCGCGGCGGCAAGUGCCCUCAACCGCGCUCUCAGCCUCGCUAGCAAAAAGCUCUUCGGCACGCCCUCGCGUUCACCCUCAGACUACGCGCAAGCCUCCCCGUCUCGUUCUCCCACUGACAACGCGAAUGCAACACCAUCCAGAGAUGCGGACGUCGCAUCGUCUCCCAGAAGGGCUCAGAUCCUCCGCAACACGGACGAGGAGCGCGAUCCGAGGGAAGAUGCGCUGCUCGAGAAGCUUGAGGUGCUCGCGCAGAAGACGGAGGUGCUGACCAAUUGGGCGGACGAGAUGUACAAGUGCGUGGUGGAGACGAGGCAGAAUCCGUCGCAAAGGCGAGACGCAAAGUCCGAGGCCGAGUAUAAUGCGGUAUGGUUAGGAUUGGCCGGUAAGAACGAGCGAAGCCUUGACCUACUGCAGGUCACCUGUGUCGCCGUCUACCUACUCUUGAUGGGCUUCGCGCAGAAGGGCAUCGAUGAGCUGAGCCUGCAUCAAGAUGAGAUGCUCGAGGACCAUCCCGACGCCGAAUACGUCGUCAGCGAAGGGUUCGACGAUGCGCUUUGCUGGUUCCGCGAACGUUUCCUGAAAUGCCAUGAGCGCGCGAAGCUGGUCAAGACUUGGCUGCCCGCAAAUUACAACGGACCUAGGACCUGGCUAGAUCAGCUCGUUUACGACAGAGCGCUGGCACUGAGUCGCUUGGCCGCUCGUAAGGAGCUUCUUGAUCAAGCAACGACACCGAACGAAUGCGAGAAGCUCUACGAGGAGUCGCUUUGGUGCCUCUACGCGCUGCAGGACGAGCUUCUGCAGACGGGCAACGAGCUCUUGCGGGAGGACAGCGAGACGGUAGCGACCUGGAUCAAACGUACGAAGCUACGUCUGGUGCGCUGCCGCGCGCGCAUGAAGAUGAAUGACCGAGACCGCAUGAACGAUGUGAGGGCGGACGAGAAUCUCUCGGACGCGCCUCGCGUACCAGCACCGUGGGAUGCGCCUGCGACCUAAGGCUUAUGGACUACUUAUUUAACUUCAAUCUGCUACUACAUCUUCACCGCCUUCUGCUUUUUGAUCAUGGGACAUGCGCACGCUAUUACUCUAUGACCAUCCGUUUCUACAAUGUAUGUCAGGAAUUUUACAAGUUAUAUGACGAAGCUACACAUUCAUUGGGAU